GCAGUGUUCAUUCGCUCUUGUGCAAUGGUUGUUUGUUUGAAACAGUGACAAGGUAAAGAGCGCCAGUUAAUUGUCACGUCAAGGAUGGCUCCGACUGGAAAGGCAGUAACGGGAUGUAAAAAGGCUAAAGCUUUGGAGUCCAUUAAUAGUUGCUUAGCUCUGGUGAUGAAAAGUGGUAAAUGUUCUAUUGGCUUACGGCAAACUCUUCGUCUCUUGCGCAAAGGAGGAGCGAGAUUAAUAAUUAUUGCCAACAAUGCUCCUCCAUUAAGGAAAACCGAAAUAGAAUACUACGCAAUGUUGUCGAAGACUGGUGUUCAUCACUAUAACGGAACCAACCGCGAUCUUGGAACUGCAUGUGGGAAAUACUACAGAGUAAGCACUCUGGCCAUUGAAGAUCCAGGUGAUUCUGACAUCAUCCGUUCUGCGCCACACGAGGCGGAUACAAAGUAAUAACCUAAUAAAUUUUCUACGAAUCUUAUGUCUUCUCUCUUGGAAUUGGUGACAGAUAAAAAAUCGCAGGGUCCGUUAUUAUUUAAAACCCUACAUAUAUACAUAAUGCCGUCAUAAAAUCCGCAUGAUUCCGUCCUGUAAGGUUCCUAACAAGUUUUUUCCUACACUUCCCGCUGUUCAAGUUAAGAUUUAUUUCGAGUUCAGGACCGCUUAUUCGCAUGCUUCUACAUGAGAGGGUACAAAUGAAGCUUUUUAGGAAAGUAUCGUAAUGAUGCUGUGGGAUGUCCACAUUUUUUAUGUUGGUCAGACCACGAAUCACUUGGUCUAGUCGAGUUGUUCGACAAAACUGCCAUGCAUGACCUAGUAGUGCUACUUUUAGGUUGGUGGUUCUCCCCGUUUAGUCCCUUAAUCUUGUGGACCCUUGAAUAAGGGGUUGGAUACACUAGCCUACACAAGGAGACUUUUAAUCAUGG